AUGAUGAUGAUCAUACAGACGUGCUUGGGCUGUCAUGGCGUGGUGUUCUGCAAAUCAAUUCUCCAUGAAUUUGCUGUUAAGACAAAAGCUGAUCAGCCCACUUACUCCACAGAUCAUCUAGAAGGGGUAUCACCCAUGACCCUGUUUGUUUCAUCAGUGUUGUUUUCUGGGAAAACUUAUACUGGUGAAGCUGCAGUAAGUAAGAAGGACGCAGAGCAGAAGGCUGCUCAUGUUGCAGUCAAAUCUAUUUUAGCUACAAAGAAUAAUUGUAUGCAACAAAUUGUCAGAUCGAAGAAACAGCUUAUCAUUGCCAUCACAUCUUCUGGGUUCAACAAAGAAAGAGGAGUUGUAAGCCAGGAAAAAUGCAAUGCUCCAACAAAUGCAAUUACUACUAUCGCUCCUGAAGAUGCUGGUCUAACUGCGGAUCAAGGAGCGACCAUCUUUCAUGAAGAUGAUGGAUCGCAAAAGCGCAAGAAACACAGAAAGGUUUGA